AAGGUCUUCCCGGCCCUAGGGGGCGCCCGCCGAGCCGCGGCCCAGCACCUUGACCUGGGAACACGUCCUUUUGCUUCCUCCAGUGCUUUGGAUAUUGGAAUCCGGCGCAAAACAACUUCAGGUUUUGAGGUUCCACAUACCUGGGUACAGAGAAAUAGAAAAAGGAAAAAGGGGUAGCAGGGUGGUGACCGGAUCCCCAAAAUCCUCCAGCUCUAAAAAGCGAAACUUCCUUUCCGCCCUCGGAGGUGCGGCGUCCAUGGAGCGGGUCCUGGCACAGCUGUGCGGCACCAGCGCGGUGCAGCCGCUCCCGUUGUGGGAGAGGGACACAGCCGGCCACUGCUUCACCCAGCUGGUGCUCAGCGCCCUGCCCCACGCGCUCCUCGCUGUGCUCAGUGCCUGCCACUGGGGCACCCCGAGGAGUCCAGAUUACGUCCUGCUCUGCUGUCCUGGCUGGCGCCUCCGACUUACAGCUGCCUUGCUGCUCUCCAUUUUCCCACUGCUAGACCUCCUUCCAGUUCUUCUGCCACCAGGAGCAGGCCCAGGUCCCACAGGGCUGGAGGUGCUGGCAGGAUGUGUGGCAGCAGUGGCCUGGAGCAGCCACAGCUUGGCCCUGUGGGUAUUGGCUCAUUCUCCUAAUGGCCGCUCUCGGGGGCCCUGGGCUUUGUCUCUGGCAGCUUUCUUGCCUGCCCCUGCCUUGGUGCUGACUCUGCUGUGGCAUUGCCAGCAAGACACCUUUCUGCCCCCACUGCACCCAGGGCCCCUGGCCCGUCUGUGUCUUCUCAUUCUGCAGCUGGCAGCAGUCUUGGCUUAUGGCCUGGGCUGGGCAGCCCCUGGGGGGCCACCAUUGGAACCCUGGACUCAUGAGCCUUUCAUGUCUUCUGGGAGCAGAGAACCUGAGGUGGCUGAGGAUGGAGAGAGUUGGCUGUCACGCUUUUCUUAUGCCUGGCUGGCUCCCUUGCUGGCCCGUGGGGCUCGUGGAGAGCUGCGGCAGCCCCAGGACACUUGCCGCCUGCCCUACAGGCUGCAUCCAGCCUAUGUGGCCCGUGUCUUCCAGGCACACUGGCAGGAGGGGGCCCAGCUGUGGAGGACCCUGUAUGGGGCCUUUGGGCGGUGCUACCUGGCCCUUGGCCUGCUGAAGCUGGUGGGGACCAUGCUGGGGUUCUCAGGGCCGCUGCUGCUGUCCCUGCUGGUGGGCUUUCUGGAGGACAGACAGGAGCCACUGAGCCAGGGCCUGCUCUAUGCCCUGGGGCUAGCUGGUGGAGCAGUGCUUGGCGCUGUGCUGCAGAAUCAGUAUGGCUAUGAGGUACGGAAGGUGACACUCCAGGCCCGGGGCACUGUGUUCAACGUCCUGUACCACAAGGCUUUGCACCUGGGGCCCAGGCGCCCUCCUGCUGGGGAGGUGCUCAACCUUCUGGGCACUGACUCUGAACGGCUGCUUAACUUCACUGGCAGCUUCCAUGAGGCCUGGGGGCUGCCCUUGCAGCUGGCCAUCACCCUCUACCUGCUGUACCAGCAGGUGGGCUUGGCCUUUGUGGGUGGUCUGGUCUUGGCGCUGCUGCUGGUUCCUGUCAACAAAGUAAUUGCCACCCGUAUCAUGGCCAGCAACCAGGAGAUGCUGCAGCACAAGGAUGCAAGGGUUAAGCUCAUGACAGAGCUCCUGAGUGGCAUUCGAGUCAUCAAAUUCUUCGGGUGGGAGCAAGUGCUGGCAACCCGGGUAGAGGCCUGCCGGGCCCAAGAGCUCGGGCGGCUGAAGGUCAUCAAAUAUUUAGAUGCAGCCUGUGUGUACCUGUGGGCUGCUCUGCCAGUUGUCAUCUCCAUUGUCAUCUUCAUCACCUAUGUCCUCAUGGGCCACCAGCUCACUGCCACCAAGGUGUUCACAGCCCUGGCCCUGGUGCGCAUGCUUAUUCUUCCCCUCAACAACUUCCCCUGGGUCAUCAAUGGCCUCCUGGAGGCCAAAGUGUCCUUGGAGCGGAUCCAGCGUUUCCUCAACCUUCCAAACUACAACCCUCAAGCCUACUAUAGCCCAGAGCCCCCCUCGGAGCCAUCUACAGUACUGGAGCUGCACGAAGCCGUGUUCUCCUGGGACCCCACUGGAACCAGCCAAGAGACCUUCAUCAGUCACCUUGAAGUGAAAAAGGGAGCACUGGUGGGCAUCGUGGGCAAGGUGGGCUGCGGGAAGAGCUCGCUGCUGGCUGCGAUCACAGGGGAGCUGCAUAGGUUGCGUGGACGGGUGGCAGUAUGGGGGCUGUCCAAGGGCUUCGGCCUGGCCACCCAGGAGCCCUGGAUCCAGUUCGCCACCAUCCGGGACAACAUCCUCUUUGGGAAGACGUUUGAUGCCCACUUGUACAGGGAGGUGCUGGAAGCCUGCGCCCUCAAUGAGGACCUGAGCGUCCUGCCUGCUGGAGACCAGACCGAGGUGGGGGAGAAGGGUGUGACCCUCAGCGGAGGACAGCGGGCCCGGAUUGCCCUUGCUCGAGCUGUGUACCAGGAGAAGGCGCUCUACCUCCUCGACGACCCUCUGGCUGCUGUGGAUGCAGACGUGGCCAACCACCUGCUGCACAGGUGCAUCCUGGGAGUGCUGAGCCACACCACACGGUUGCUGUGCACCCACCACACCGAGUAUCUGGAGAAGGCUGACCUGGUGCUCCUCCUGGAGGCCGGGCGCCUCGUCCAGGCUGGGCCUCCCUCUCAGAUUCUGCCAUUGGUACAAGCUGUCCCCAAAACCCAGGCUAAGGAUGGACAAGAGCCUGGCUCAGCCAGGGCCCCAUUGAUACAGAGCCUGGAGGACAUGAAGGAGGGCCUGGAGGCAGAGCAGAGCACCUGUGGCCGCCUGCUGCAGGACGAGAGCAAGAAGGAGGGCGCUGUGGCCUUGCAGGUGUACCAAACAUACUGGAGGGCCGUGGGCUGUGCACUGGCCCUUGCCACCCUCUUCUCUCUGCUCCUCAUGCAAGCCACACGCAAUGGCGCAGACUGGUGGCUGUCCUACUGGAUCUCCCAGCUGAGGGCAGGAGGGAAUGGCUCUGGGGAGGUGUCAGCUCCUGCCACCCAGAGCCCCUCGGGGCUCUUCUCCCCACAACUGCUCCUCUUCUCCCCUGGAAGCCUCUGCGCCCCAGUGUUCCCACUGCCCAAAGCCACCCCCAAUGGCUCCUCUGAUGUCCGUUUCUACCUCACCGUGUAUGCGACCAUCGCUGGCAUCAAUUCACUCUGCACACUUCUCCGAGCAGUGCUUUUUGCGGCAGGCACCCUCCGAGCAGCCGCCACCCUGCACUGCCGCCUGCUGCAACGAGUCCUUCAGGCGCCUGUGUCUUUCUUCGACUCCACGCCAACAGGCCGGGUGGUGAACCGCUUCUCCUCUGAUGUGGCAUGUGUGGAUGACAGCCUGCCCUUCCUCCUCAAUAUCCUCCUGGCCAACGCAGUGGGCCUGCUGGGCCUCCUGGUCAUGCUGGGCUUCGGCCUGCCCUGGCUGCUGCUGUUGCUGCCACCACUCAGCGUCUUGUACUACCGUGUGCAGCGCCACUACCGGGCCUCCUCACGGGAGCUGCGGCGCCUGGGCAGCCUCACGCUGUCCCCACUCUACACCCACCUAGCUGACACCUUGGGUGGUCUCCCUGUGCUCCGGGCGGCUGGGGCCACCUACAGGUUCGAGGAAGAGAACCAGCGACUGUUGGAGCUGAACCAGAGGUGCCAGUUUGCUUCCUAUGCCACAAUGCAGUGGCUGGACAUCCGGCUGCAGCUCAUGGGGGCAGCAGUGGUCAGUGCCAUUGCGGGCAUUGCCCUGGUACAGCACGAGCAGGGCCUUGCUAACCCAGGGCUGGUGGGGCUUGCGCUGUCCUAUGCCCUGUCCCUCACGGGGCUGCUCUCGGGCCUGGUGAGCAGCUUCACGCAGACGGAAGUCAUGCUGGUGAGCGUGGAGCGGCUGGAGGAGUACUCCUGUGACCUGGCCCAGGAGCCCCGGGGCUGCCCUCUGCAGGCCAACAGCUGGCUGACCCGGGGGAGCGUGGAGUUCCAGGAUGUGGUGCUAGUGUACCGACCAGGACUGCCCCCUGCCCUGAAUGGGGUGACCUUCCGUGUACAGCCUGGAGAGAAACUGGGCAUUGUGGGCCGCACGGGCUCUGGAAAGUCGUCCCUGUUUCUGGUGCUGUUCCGGCUGGUGGAGCCCAGUGCGGGGCGGGUGCUGUUGGACGACACGGACACCAGCCAGCUGGAGCUGGCCGAACUCAGAUCCCAGCUAGCUAUCAUCCCCCAGGAGCCCUUCCUGUUCAGUGGGACCAUUCGGGAAAACCUGGACCCCCAGGGCCUUCACGAGGACGGGGCCCUGUGGCAGGUCCUGGAGCAGUGCCACCUGAGCGAGGUGGUCAUCUUCAUGGGUGGCCUGGACAGUGAGCUGGGUGAAGGGGGCCGGAGCUUGUCCCUGGGACAGAGGCAGCUGCUGUGCCUGGCCAGGGCUCUCCUUACAAAUGCCAAGAUCCUCUGUAUCGAUGAAGCCACAGCGAGUGUGGACCACAAGACAGACCAGCUGCUACAGCAAACCAUCUGCCAACGCUUUGCCAACAAGACAGUGCUCACCAUUGCCCAUAGGCUCAACACAAUCCUGAACUCGGACCGCGUGUUGGUGCUCCAUGCAGGGAGGGUUGUGGGGCUGGACUCCCCCACCGCCCUGUGUGACCAAGGACACUCAGUGUUCCGGCAGCUGUUGCAGAGUGGCCUGGAGGAAGCUGCCGCCCCUCCUGGGGACCCUGAGCCCCAGGUCGUGGCCCCCAGAACUCUCCCCUCGCUCUGAGCAGCAGGGCUGGUGCAGAGGUGCUGGCUAUUUGUUUACAUCCCCCUUCAAGGCUCUACCUCUCCUCACUGCCCAGAGGGGACAGGGGCCCUGGUGCCUUCCAGAGAAGCACUUCUUGGAGGGGUCAAGGGCCAAGGGCUCUCCCGGACCAGGCCUCUGUCCCCGCGCCCCUCAUCUUGGACUCUAGGUGGGUGAUUUUUCUGCCACAGGAGCCCAUUUUCAUUUCUAUAGUUUUAUUUGAUAAAACAUUCUGUAUAUUAAAAAAAUAAUAUUUCUGG